AUGCAAAAUAAAGUACCUCGCUCUCAGAGGAAUACUAUCGGAGAUUCUUCCGCAACACUGGCUUUGGAUCAAAAUAAUAAUACGUCGAGUUCGACCCAACAGCAACAACAAAAUAACGUCAAAGAAGGAACCCCAUCUUUUGUUAUAAAUGAGGUAGAUAAUCAGAGUGAUACUAGUUUUUUCAAAUCAUUCACUGAGAACUUAAAAUACGUAUUCAAUAGUCCCUUACCAACUACUACUCAAUUUCCAACUCCAUAUUCAAAUCAAAUGAACCCACAAAAUAAUAUUUUUAACAAUAAACUUAACAAUAAUGCUAAUGGGAGUAAUAAUAUUGAUGACAAAUCGCCAAUGAAUCAACAAAGGGAUAAUGACUCCUCACUUAUAGAAAAUAGUAUGUUGCCUAAUCUUCCGUUAGUUGGUACUCUAAUUCAGCAACAAGAACAACAGGAGCAGCAAAAGCAACAGUCACGGCAACAGGUUAAUAAUUCACAAAUCCAAGAAGGAAAACAGAAUACAAUCCAGGAAAAUCAACAACCGCUACUACCACCUCCACAGCAGCAGCAACAACAACAACAACAACAAUAUAAGGCAGCGUCUGGAGAAACUCUUAAUGACAUGAAUGUUCAACCUUCAACUGCUUUAAAUUUCGGAACAGCUUUCCCAAAUGAGUUUUUAUUGGCAUCUCCUGAACAACUAAGAGAGUUUUUAUUGGAUUCUCCAGCUGGUUUUAAUUUCUUUCAUAAAACUCCUGCAAAGACUCCUUUACGUUUCGUCACUGAUAAUGCUGGUAUACAUUCUAACACAAAUAGUAAUAAUAAGAACAAUAACAAUAACAAUAAUCUAUUCAAUAUCCCUGUAGUUUCAAGUUCUGUUGAACGUACUAAUACUAAUAAUAAUAAUAAUAAUACAAAUAAUAAUAAUGUUCUCUAUUCGAUGCUAAAUUCUAGAACACCUCUUAGGAAAAUUGAUUUAAAUUUAAUGUUCAAUAGUAAUCAACUAUCUAAUUCCAUGUCACCAUCUAAACGAAUAUCAAUGUCUUUGACGCCAUAUGGUAGAAGAAUUCUAAACAAUUUUGGUACACCUUAUCCAAAAACUUUAAAUAUUAAUAAUAGUGAUAAUAACACUUCAAAUAGUGCAUUAAUAGAUUUCCAAAAUGCAAGAAAAGAUAGUAACAAUCAUAUAGUUCAAAAUAAACUAUUCCAAAGUCCAGAAUUAACAUUACAAGACUCACAAACGAGAUUAUUAAUGACUACUCCAAAACCAGAUAAAAAAUCGAAACUAUCCACAAAUGAUAUCAAACAUAUGAUUAAUAACAACAAGACUAAUAAUAAUAGUAACGAUAUUCAUUGUAACAAAGAAAAUUUACUUCCGAAGGCUAUAUCAGUUUAUGAUAAUAUUAACAACAAUAACAGCAGGAAUAAUGAUUAUGAUGGCGAUGAUAAUAAUAAUAAUCACACAGAUAUAUAUGGUUCUUCGCCGACAACAGUUCAAUUAAAUUCAUCUGUGACCAAAUCAAUUUCAAAACCAACAUAUUUACCUCUUAAUAAGGAUAUAAAUGAGCUUCCCACUUUAUCAAGAGCAAUACUAAAUAAUAAUCAUAUCAAUAACUCAAUUCAUAAUAACAAUAUUCCUAUUCUUACAACUACUAGUGUCAUUGAUCCAAACUUAGAUACCCGAUUACUAGAAGAAGAUGAUGAGGCAGUCCCCUUAUCACCAACGCCAAAGAAUAAUUUAACUAAUAAGCCAAUAAGAAUUCCCGAUUUGCCCAAAAUGGGAUCUUUUAAAAAUGAGAGAACAUUAUCAAUAGCAUCCAAUAAAUCAACAUCAUCAUCCAUCAAUCCUAUAAACCAGAUUGAUAAACCUGUACUAACGUCAUCUUCCAUUCAAAAGACAAUGAAAUCAACGAAUACAGGGAAAGUUAAAAGAAUAGUUAAGAAGCAACCAAAAUUUCAAAUAAUCGUAUCUAGCGCACAUCGAUUCAAUUCCACAGGGGGUACUAAUAAUCUUAAACAACAGAAAAAGAAAUCUAGCUUGAAAAGAUCCCAUUCUGAAAUAAAUGGUUCCAUACAUACAAAGAAUGAUAACGUGAAAAGGAAAAAUUAUGGCAAUGAUAACUCUAGUAACAAGAAUUUCUAA